AUGAACAAAUAUCACGCACGCUGGCAGAGGGGAGAGAAGGAGGCUGAGUUGGAAGCCGAAAUUAAGAAAGAAAAGCACAACACCUACAUCCUGGCUUUAGAUGGAGACACAGACUUCCAGCCGGCUGCUGUGAUGCUCCUCAUCGAUCGUCUGAAAAUGUACCCAAGUGUCGGAGCAGCGUGUGGCAGGAUUCAUCCCACCGGCUCAGGUCCCGCAGUGUGGUUCCAGAAGUUUGAGUACGCUGUUAGUCAUUGGCUGCAAAAGACAGCGGAGCAUGUCAUUGGCUGUGUACUUUGCAGCCCCGGCUGCUUCAGUCUGUUCAGAGCAGCGGCGCUGAUGGACGACAACGUGAUGAAGAAAUACUCCACCAAAUCCAUGGAGGCGAGCCAAUACAUUCAGUACGAUCAAGGUGAGGACCGCUGGCUGUGUACUCUACUGCUGAAACAAGGAUGGAGAGUGGAGUACAACGCAGCAGCUGAUGCUUACACCAAUGCACCGGAGGACUUCGGUGAACUCUACAACCAGCGUCGGCGUUGGGGACCGUCCACAAUGGCUAACGUGGUGGAUCUCUUGGGCUCAAGCAGCACAAUUUCCAAGAGAAACCGUAGCAUGUCCAAACCUUUCAUGUUCUACCAGCUCUUUGCCAUCGCCUCAUCCAUCCUGGCCCCUGCCACCAUCUGCCUUAUGGUUGCAGGUAGUUUUAACUUCCUCUUUAACUUGAAUGCCAGCGGUGCCCUGGUCCUGGCUGUGAUACCUCCUAUCAUCUUCCUUAUUCUAUGCUUUAAACUAAAGUCCGACACUCAGAUUAAAAUCGCAGGACUCCUGAGUAUCAUGUAUGCAUUCCUCAUGUUGGUGGUGACGUUGUCCAUUAUCGGCUCAAUGGUGAAAGAAAACACUGUCCUAACACCCAGCAGCAUUUUCGUCAUUUCCAUUUCCGCCAUUUACGUCAUCACAGCGAUAAUGCAUCCUCAGGAAAGCCAUCUGAUCUUCCACGGCUUAAUCUACAUCCUCGCCAUCCCAAGCGCCUACCUCCUGCUCUCCAUCUACUCCUUGGUCAACAUGAACAACGUUUCCUGGGGCACCCGGGAGACAAAACCUGCUGCUGGAGCUGCCACACCAGAGCCUUCCACCCCGCAAACAAGAACCCAGAAAGCCAAAAGCGCAUGCCAGCGGUUCUUCUCGUGGUUCAAAUGUUGUAAAAAGUCCAACCACAGAUCUGGAGACGGGCAUUACGCUGUCAGCCAGGCAGUCCUGAGCCCAGAGUCCGCACAGGCUGAACAGCCAGAACUCCAGCCCCAAAACAGUAUUGUUGAGAGCACAAGUUUUGCAGAGGAACAACAGAGGCAAGCAGAGCCUGUUUUCGACUUUCCUACCCAUUUUUGGGUGAAAGAACUACAGAAUGUGUCCAAUAACAUGAAGCUGAAGGAUGACUCACUCGACAAGGAGGAGGAGGAGUUCUGGAUAGAGCUUCAGAAAAAGUACUUGGAACCUCUGCAAGACGAUAAAGUGAGACAGGAAAAGAUUAAGAAUGACCUACGAGAGCUGAGAAACAAGAUAAACUUUGCCUACUUCAUGAUGAAUGCCCUGUGGCUGGUGGCGACAUUUACCCUUCAGAUCUCCGGGACCGUCUCUAUCAAGAUCCCCAUAAUUGACUUCUACCUCAAGCCCACCGGAAAAGACAUACAAAUCGACCCCAUUGGCUUCAUGUUCAUUCUGGGAUUUGCGGCAAUGGUUGGAAUCCAGUUCCUUACAAUGUUCUACCACAGAAUCUACACUCUGAUCCAUUAUGUGGCUUUUCUGGACACAGAGUCCAAAGAGGAAAACAAUGACCCAAAAGAAGCAUACUUUUCAGGCACAAAGGUCAACUCUGUCUCCAACGGCGACUGCGUCAUCGAAUCCAGCUCCAUGGAGGACUCUGAAUCUGAUGAGUUUGAUGACAGUGAUGAGGAGGGUUCUAGCUACAUGUAACAUACGUCAUGAUGGAGGGAUUACGGUGUAAACAUAGACUCUGUGCACAACACUUUUUAGCACU